UUAGCCAGAUUGUGUCCUUCCAUCACUGCUUCCCUCAGAUUUGAUGGCCUGAAUGUUGACCUGACAGAAUUCCAGACCAACCUGGUGCCCUAUCCCCGCAUCCACUUCCCUCUGGCCACAUAUGCCCCUGUGAUCUCUGCUGAGAAAGCCUACCAUGAGCAGCUUACUGUAGCAGAGAUCACCAAUGCUUGCUUUGAGCCAACCAACCAGAUGGUGAAAUGUGACCCUCACCAUGGUAAAUACAUGGCUUGCUGCCUGUUGUUCCGUGGCGAUGUGGUUCCCAAAGACGUCAAUGCUGCCAUUGCCACCAUCAAGACCAAGCGUACCAUCCAGUUUGUGGAUUGGUGUCCCACUGGCUUCAAGGUUGGCAUUAAUUACCAGCCUCCCACCGUGGUGCCUGGUGGAGACCUGGCCAAGGUACAGAGAGCUGUGUGCAUGCUGAGCAAUACCACAGCUGUAGCUGAGGCCUGGGCCCGCCUGGACCACAAGUUUCACCUGAUGUAUGCCAAGCAUGCCUUUGUUCACUGGUACGUGGGUGAGGGGAUGGAAGAAGGAGAGUUUUCUGAGGCCCGUGAAGACAUGGCUGCCCUUGAGAAGGAUUAUGAGGAGGUUGGAGCAGAUAGUGUUGAGGGAGAGGAUGAGGGUGAAGAGUAUUAAUCUGUCUGCUACCAUUUUACACUCCAUUGUCUUGAUUGUUUAUUUCUGUUCUGUGAAACUGUCCAUUGUGGUCCUAAACUGUCAAUAAAAUGUUUCCAUUUU